UUCCGCAGACACGCGCAAUGAUAGCCGGAAGCAUUGAUGGUAGGAAAAUAAAAAUCGAUUAAAUCUACUGUACUGCUCGAGUGUAAAUCUCUCACUCACCGUGCUGUUUUUUAAGGACCGUAGGCUCGACMUUGUCAUUGUUUUACGCCGCUGCUGAAAACAGAAAACCUGCUUUUUGUGUAUUUUUUUUAUAACCAAGUUGCCUCGGUCGGUGGGGGGUUUAGCUGACGUGUGGAGAAGUUGAGACUGCUGGGGGGAGCACAUAAACAAACAUAAACAAGCGGUGACCAGCUGAGCGCCUGUCUGAACCCAACCGGUAGCUCGAGGAGAUGGCAGGGGCACCGAACCUCCUCGUCUGAGCCCGACAGUGAGCCACUGGAGACGGUGACUUAACACUGAGACUUGCUCCAUGUCAGCUGUCAACACUGGCACACAAAGAAUCCUGGAGACACGAGGAGCAGCAGCCGUAGACUUGAGGAGGAAACCCUCUGCUCCUGUUGCUGUUGUUUAACACAAGGCUAGCAUGGACAGCCAAUGAGUUUACCCUUUCAGCUCUAACGAAACCAAUACAUAUUUCAGUGCAAGGAAAAAAGAGUUCCACUGAUCCGUGGCCCCUGGUGUCACAAGAGGAGAUACCAUGGCCCACCAGGCGACCCCCAGUUCCCAGAAGGCCCUGAUGAUGGAGCUGAAGUCUCUGCAGGAGCAGCCGGUGGAGGGCUUCCGCAUCACCCUGGUCGAAGAGUCCGACCUCUACAACUGGGAAGUGGCCAUCUUCGGGCCCCCGAAUACCCUGUACGAGGGGGGCUACUUCAAGGCUCACAUCAAGUUCCCUGUUGACUACCCAUACUCCCCUCCCACCUUCCGCUUCCUCACCAAGAUGUGGCACCCAAAUAUUUAUGAGAACGGAGACGUGUGCAUCUCUAUCCUGCACCCUCCUGUCGAUGACCCACAGAGCGGGGAGCUGCCAUCUGAGAGGUGGAACCCCACCCAGAAUGUCAGGACCAUCCUUCUCAGUGUGAUCUCGCUGCUCAAUGAGCCCAACACCUUCUCYCCAGCCAACGUGGACGCCUCCGUCAUGUUUCGGAAGUGGCGGGACAGCAAAGGCAAGGACAAGGAGUAUGCAGAGAUUAUCAGGAAGCAGGUGAUGUCAACAGCAGCCGAGGCGGAGCGCGACGGCGUGAAGGUGCCGACCACGUUGGCGGAGUACUGCGUCCAGACCAGGGUCCCCUCUCAGGACAGCAGCUCGGACCUCCUCUACGACGACCUCUACGACGACGACAUGGAGGAAGAGGACGAGGAGGAAGACGAGAGCGAGAUGGAGUCCGUGGGCGAGGCGGGGGGCAUGACCAGUGUGGAGGAUGGCGGGAUGUCCACCAGGCACUACGACGACCAGGACGACUCCGGGAACGAGGAGUCGUGAUGAUCUGGGUCAUAACCCCCCCCACCACCACCACCUUCCUCCAUUAUUUUCAGUCUGUUGGAACGCGUGUGUGUGUGUGUGUUCAUGUGUGUGUGUGGGUGCGUUGGUUUGCACGUACAGUGGGGUCAAAAGUCUACUGCCGAAAACUUUUCAUCAUUUAUUGAACCAAUGCCGUCAAACGACGAUUCUCGCACGCUGUUCGAGUUCUCAGCAACAACGUUUGUUUUUCACGGAAAGUCGGGAUUCGGCGUUUUCACCAUUUGCCUUAAUCGCCGCUGGCACUGGAAGGUUUGGCAGAGUUGUGAAACGAUCCCAAUUCUUGUUGAGAUAUUCUUGAGGAUUUUAGUUUAGUUUCUAAAAAUGUCYGGUCACAGCUUGAGGAUGCAGCCUUGUCCAUCGUUUGUGUCGGCACGCAGGCUAACCAUCCACACUAAUUAUUAUUAACGUGAAUUUAUUUGACUGUCAUUUAUGGUUUUCUCCUUCAGCUCUUGUUUGGUUUAAACYGUAAAAAUGUGCAGUUUUUGUGUCAUUUAAAAUAUUUUAAAUACUUCAUUUAUCUCUUCAAGCCAAACACAUUUAUUUGCCGUUAGAGGAGUUGUAUGGUUGUUAUAAAGCWUUCACACAGAUCAGUUUUUGUUCCGUAUGUUUUUCGACAGGUGUAUCGUUCCACAUCAACAAGUCACGUAUCAAAAUGUUCAGCUCCUUCAGGACAUUCUGAUACGCCUU